AUGCAAUACCAGAGACAGAUAAGGACGUUGGCAACGGGUACUGCUUGCCCAAGGGUGGUGUUGGCCUGCCAGAGAAGAGAUACACUCCUCACACCCCCUUACCCACCUUGUGGGUCAAUACCCCUGUCUGAUCGCCCGGCAUGGGACACGGGGGAUAUUGCGUCACAGAUUCAAAGACAGUUUGAGCUGAUGGCGGAAUCAAACGGCACCUGGCGGGAACGGGAGCGGCGGCGUGAGGAGAAGUAUUCGCAAAUCAACCAGGGUAAACAGACGCAGCGGGAGAACCUCGCGGAGUACAGCGCGCGGAUGGCUGAGAGACGAGCUGAGCGACUGGAGGCCGCCUACCGCCACGCGGAGGCGGUGAGGGCAGCGGCGCUAGCUAAGGUGCAGGCAGUGGAGGACCGUAUGGUUCGGUUUGCGGAGGAGCGUGCCGACCACGCGGCUAUGGAGCGGCAGCGCAUCGCGGCCUUGGAGGCCAAGCGGGAGGCGACCUACCGCCAGAACUUGGAACUACUCGAGGGGCGGAGGCAGGCGAUCCUAGCACACGAACGUAAAGUCGAGGACAUGCUGCGCCAGCGGGAGGAGCUCCGGCAGCUUCAGGCCCAGAUCAAAGCGGAGGAGGACUUCCUGCGGGACCAGCAGCGGCGGGCCAUCAAGGCGCGUGCGGAGGGCGACCUGGCAGAGCGAGUGGCGCACUUUCACGCCAAGCAGGCCGCAAAGGAGGAGCAGGCGUCGCGACGGAUAAGGGAGAUUGAGGACCAGCGUCGUAUGCGUGCUGAAGAGUUACGGCAGCGGUUCGAGUACAUCGCCGCCCAGGCACAUGAUGCAGCCAUGUUUGCCGAGGCAGAGCGGCAGGUGUUGGCGGGCAAGCUGGAGGACAAGGCAUCGCGCGCGGACAUGCUGGCCGCGCAUCGGGCAGCGCUGCUAGCGGAGAUGCAGAAUCUGCGGCACCAGAUGCAGCGACAGUUGUUUGCAUAUCUGAUACAUAUAGUCCCCUCCUCCAGUCUCAGCACUGGUUGUGUCUACAACACGCUUCCAACCCCCACCCACCCAAACCCCCAGGAGGAGUAUCUUCGCAGCUCCCUCCUCCGCAUGCAGCAACUGGGUACGGUGGCCAUACCCCCUGAGGUCGUACGUUCCCUGGAGUCUGUGCAACUGGCGGGGCCCCUCAUGGCGGAGGCCGUACUGGGCGGCGGCGGCGGCGGGGGCCGCAAGCCGCAGCUGCUGCUGGAGGAUGGCGGCGGCGGGGGCGGCGGCUACUCGGAAGGCUACGGCGGCGCCGCCGCCAGCUCAGCGAGGGAGAUGAGCUCCGCGCGUGGUGUGGGAGAGGCCCUGCCAAGCCCCCUAUCGACACGAGCGCAGAUGGCACGGGUGCGGAGACCCAAGUCGGCGGGGCCGACGCCGCGUGGCAUCAGCGCAUUUAUACAGCGAAAUCACCCUAUUUUCUUCUUCUUCUUCUCCUUCAUCGUCCUCCUCCGUGUCCCACUUAUCCUGGCACGAAACCCCGCCGCAAUCCUCGCCACGCAGAACUCCGCCUCCGCCGUCGCUUCGCCCGUCACACCCACCACUUCCGGCCCCGUGCCGUACGCUCCGUACACUGUCCCUGGCGCUCGCGGCCGCAGCGCCGCUAGCUUCAGGAGACAGACGUUGGAGGAGGAGGUGGCAGCGUUGGAGGACACCUCAGGACGCGCAGUGGAGGCGAUGGCCAGUGGUCGCUACAGCGGCGUGCAUGAGGUAUCACGGCCGGGCAGCCGACGGGAAGAGGAACUGCGGCUUGUUCUACAGGAGGAGAUUGCCAAGGAGAGCGAACGGCAGGUUCUCUUGACCCAGGUGUCUGACGAGGACGAGCGAAGUAGGUUGGUCAAAUACUUUACGCACGAGCGUGAAGACGCUCGGAGACGCAUCCUGGCACUCAGCAGUGCGGCGCAGGCGGCCCUUUACAACUAA